GAAAUUCGAGAACCGAUGGUGGUAGAGUUAAACUAUUAAACCGGAUUGGUUAAAGGUCUCGACGGCUGUGAAAAUCGGAAAUCAGGAUUGAGGACAUUGAGCUGCCGCGAAGAUGGCGAUGAGGUUGAAAUCAAUGGCGACUUUACCGAAAUUGAUUCAAAGUAUGAGAAAAGAAGUUCCUAAGCAUUCUAAUCCUGUUUUGCCAUCUCUGAGACGAGCUUUUUCCCUCUAUGAUCAGAUCAAUCUCAUUGACAAUGUUCCUGAAGACCAGCUUCGCUUCCAAGAAUUUAAUGAUACGAGUUUCACUGUGAAUGGAGUCAAAUACGAAGGAAGCUUACUCUGUGUAGGGAAUUUGUUAAUGUCAUGGAGUCCUCGUAAAUUCUCAGAGAUCACCACUGAUAGCUUGUCUAUCUUCCAGACAGUUCGACCUAUUCCAGAGCUCUUGAUUGUUGGUUGUGGAAGAGACAUUCACCCGGUAACUCCCGAAGUCCGUCAGUUUGUGAAGUCUCUUGGCAUGAAACUAGAAACAGUUGAUUCUAGAAAUGCUGCAUCAACUUACAACAUUCUGAAUGAAGAAGGAAGAGUAGUUGCUGCGGCAUUGCUUCCAUAUGGAUUCUCGAACAUGGCGUCUAUUGUUCAACCAUCGCCUACUUUUCCGGCGCUAAAUCUCCGGCGUUCUUCUCUGAUUCGUCCUCCUUCUUCCGUUCGAUUUCCUCUUAAAUGUAACGCGGCGGAUCCGUACAAGUUCGACGGCGGAAACUCCGCCGGUUUCCAUCUGCUUACAGGCGACACCGUUCCCGCUAGCUUUUCGAGGUCUCGUUUGGAAGAUUCGAUUUACCAGAACACCACACGACUUCGUAUCUUUUCCGGCACUGCUAAUCCUAUUUUGGCUCAGGAGAUUUCUUGCUAUUUGGGUCUCGAGCUUGGGAAAAUCAAGAUUAAACGGUUUGCUGAUGGUGAGAUCUAUGUUCAGCUGCAAGAGAGUGUAAGGGGAUGUGAUGUGUUCCUUGUACAGCCUACUUGCCCACCUGCAAAUGAAAACCUUAUGGAAUUGCUCGUUAUGAUUGAUGCUUGUCGGAGAGCAUCAGCCAAAACCAUCACGGCUGUUAUUCCUUACUUUGGUUAUGCACGAGCUGAUAGAAAGACUCAAGGACGUGAAUCGAUUGCAGCCAAGCUUGUGGCCAAUUUGAUUACACAGUCUGGUGCAGACCGUGUCCUUGCUUGUGAUCUUCACUCCGGACAGUCUAUGGGCUACUUUGAUAUUCCAGUCGAUCAUGUUUAUGGCCAGCCUGUCAUACUUGAUUACCUAGCAAGUAAGGCCAUAUCCUCUGAAGAUUUGGUGGUAGUUUCACCUGACGUUGGUGGCGUUGCAAGAGCUCGUGCUUUUGCCAAGAAGUUAUCUGAUGCACCUUUAGCAAUAGUUGAUAAAAGACGUCAUGGGCACAAUGUUGCAGAGGUGAUGAACUUAAUCGGGGAUGUUAAGGGGAAAGUAGCCAUAAUGGUGGAUGACAUGAUUGACACAGCGGGAACCAUAAGCAAAGGUGCGGCUCUGUUACACCAAGAAGGAGCAAGAGAAGUAUACGCUUGUACCACUCAUGCUGUUUUUAGCCCUCCUGCAAUCAGUAGACUAUCGAGUGGACUGUUUCAAGAGGUGAUCAUAACCAACACGAUUCCAUUGUCAGAGCAGAACUAUUUUCCUCAGCUUACAGUUCUCUCAGUAGCAAACCUUCUUGGGGAGACCAUAUGGCGUGUUCAUGAUGAUUGCUCUGGAGCCAUUGAGCCAUUUUCGACGUUGGGGAUUGAUUGAGUGAUGGAAAAAGGGUAAAGAAUGGACUUAUAGCCUCUCAGUAGUAUGAAUUUCUGAUGAUGUACAAAUUCUUUUCUGCUGUAAAAAUGUUACUUGAGUGUGAUUGUUAAGAACGGAACACUUUUGUAGAGAAGAAGAUUAAUGAAACCACGUUUUCAAA